AUGUUUUCUGGAUUUGGAUCUGCAAUGUUUGGUGCAUCACAAUUUGCACCAAUGAAUUCGAAGUUUGAAGAUUAUUUUAGAAGUUAUCCAGUUGCUAUGAUGCCUGACCAUAUUAGAAAGGAUGAUGCUAACUACGGGGGAAAGAUAUUUCUACCAUCAUCGGCGUUGAAUAAGUUAACAAUGUUACAUAUAAGAUACCCCAUGCUAUUCGAAUUAUCUAAUGAAGCAAGUGGCAUUACUACUCACAGUGGUGUUUUAGAAUUUGUGGCUGAAGAAGGAAGAGCUUAUUUACCUCAAUGGAUGAUGUCGACUUUACAAUUAUCACCAGGACUGUUGUUGAAAAUUUCCAACUGUGACUUGCCAUUAGGAAAUUUUGUAAAAAUAGAGCCUCAAUCAGUAGAUUUCUUAGAUAUUACAGAUCCAAAAGCGGUGUUAGAAAACGUGUUAAGAAAGUUUUCUACUUUAACAGUGAAUGAUAUAAUUGAAAUAAACUAUAAUGAUUCCAUAUAUGGGAUAAAGGUCCUCGAAGCCAAGCCCGAGUCGUCAAGUCAUGGUGUUUGUGUUGUUGAGACCGAUUUGGAGACGGAUUUUGCUCCACCAGUUGGCUAUGUUGAACCGGAAUAUAAACCCCUGGCCAAGAAACCAACAACCAACGCAAUUGACCCGUCCAGCGUUAACAGAAGUGCCGGAGCUGGAACUAUGGCCAAGUCUUUGAACUAUGCUAAUUUGGUAGCCGAGUCUUCAAGUUCUACAAAUGCAUUUCAAGGCUCAGGGCAGUCAUUAUCUGGAAAACCUACCUCCGAAAGGAAAGAAACUAAAGCUGAACACACAAUAGAUGAUUUAGAUCCUGACGCAGAGCCGGUGCCAUUAGAUUUACCAAGUAAUCAAUUAUUCUUUGGCUUCCCAGUUGUAUUACCAACUCCUGAAGAAAGCGAAGAAGAGAAUGCUAACCAAGCCUCUCAAAAUGCAUUUAGUGGAAGUGGUCAAUCAUUGAGACAGAGUAAAAAACGAAAGGAUAAGACUAGUGAUCAUCCCUCGUUGAAAAAUCAUUCAAGAAGUCCAGACUACAUUGAAAUAGAUUAA